UCUCCGUACAGGAAUUUUCCUAGCGUGACGUCAUUGACCCUGCCAGCGGGGAGCGGGCUUGGGUAUUAGCAAAAGAACGGGGCAGUUAAAGCACUCGCUUCUAGAACAAUGAGCGAGAACUGAGCGACUGCGAGGAAAGGGGGGGAAUUAAAGAGAAAAGUCACAGGAGCGGACGUCGUUUAAAGAAUUGGUGUUGGAGAAGAGAAAAGCGGCUCGAAGAAUGUGAACACGCCGAGAAGUUACAUGGAGAAACUGCAAGGUGCGGAAGGGUGUUACUGCGUUAGAUGUGGAGGGAAGAUCGGAGAUGCGCUGUUUGUCAAAGUGCUAAAUGAAGUCUGGCAUACAUCUUGCUUUCAGUGUUCAGAAUGUUGCGAUCAUUUGAUUAACUGGUAUUAUGAGAAAGAUGGCAAGCUGUACUGUCGUAAACACUACUGGGAAAAGUUUGGCGAGUCCUGCCACGGGUGCUCCCUGCUUAUGACUGGCCCUGCAAUGGUGGCAGGGGAGUACAAGUACCAUCCAGAAUGCUUUGUAUGCUUGAACUGCAGAGUGGUAAUUGAAGAUGGAGAUACAUAUGCUCUGGUUGAACGCUCAAAACUGUACUGUGGUAACUGUUACGCCCAGAUCUUCCUGACUCCUGUGUUUGAGAAGCACUCUGCAGAUUACCUCCACGAUUCCUUACCUCACACAGUCACACUCAUUUCUGUGCCAGCUGCCACCAACGGAAAGAGAGGCUUUUCUGUGAAAAUAAUUCGUGACUGUUCUGGACCAACCAGCAGUGUUCUAGUGAAAGAAGUUAGAGGAAUGCAUAUCAGUCCUGAGGUGCGUAAUGCAAUUCAUGCUGGAGAUCGGAUCUUGGAGAUCAAUGGAGCCCCAGUCCACACUUUACUGGAAGAGGAGGUGGAGGACCUGAUUCAAAAGACUGACCAGACUCUGCAGUUGCUUAUAGAACACGACCCUGUCCGGCAGAGACUUGAAAGACUGCGCCUCCAAUCCACUCCAUCCUGUCUGGUUGUGCCACCUCCUCCAUGUUUGCGGAUUUCCACCUCCUCUCAUGUGAUCUCCGAACUGGAAAAUAGAGACGCAGUGAGAGAGGGGACACUAAAGCGUCGAUCUGUCAGACGCAGUAACAGUAUUUGUAAGUCUCCUGGCCCGUCCUCGCCAAAAGAACAUCCGUCCUUCUCUCGUGACAUUAGCCGUUCGGAAUCGCUUCGCUCCUCCACCAGCUGCUCUCAUCAGAUCUUUCGUCCCUGUGACCUCAUUCAUGGAGAGGUUUUGGGAAAGGGCUUCUUUGGCCAGGCUGUGAAGGUCACACACCGGGCCACUGGACAGGUGAUGGUUAUGAAGGAGUUAAUUCGAUGUGACGAGGAAACUCAGAAGACCUUUUUAAAGGAGGUGAAAGUGAUGCGGAGACUGGAAAACCCCAAUGUCUUGAAGUUUAUUGGUGUGCUCUACAAAGAUAAAAAACUGAAUCUCAUUACAGAGUAUAUAGAAGGUGGGACUCUAAAGGAUUAUAUCAGAGAUGUGGAUCCUUUUCCCUGGAAGCAGAGAGUUAGCUUUGCUAAAGGCAUUGCUUCGGGAAUGGCAUAUCUGCACUCAAUGAGCAUCAUCCAUCGGGAUCUGAACUCUCACAACUGUCUGGUAAAACUGGAUAAUACUGUGGUGGUUGCCGAUUUUGGUCUUUCACGUUUAAUUGUGGAAGAAAAGAAAAGGAGUCCCUCUCUGGAAAAGCCGUCUUCAAAGAAAAGAACGUUCCGCAGGAUUGACCGGAAAAAGCGCUACACUGUUGUGGGCAACCCUUACUGGAUGGCACCAGAGAUGUUAAAUGGCAAAAGCUAUGAUGAGAAGGUGGAUGUGUUCUCCUUUGGGAUUGUACUCUGUGAGAUCAUUGGGCGGGUGUACGCCGACCCUGAAUGUUUACCCAGAACCUUGGAUUUUGGGCUAAAUGUGAAAAUGUUUAUGCAGAAGUUUCUUCCUCAAGACUGUCCUCCAGCCUUUUUCCCUUUGGCUGUUGCCUGUUGCAGUCUUAUUCCAGAAGACCGGCCUGCCUUUGAGAAGCUGGACGACUGUUUUGAGGCACUCACUCUCCACUUGGAGCUGCGCAUCCCCUUGCCGAUGGAGAUGGAAGAGCUGAAUCAAGGUUUGCACAGAGUACACGGCUCCGCCAAUGCUAGCAUGCCAGAGGAACCACCAUCGUCAUGAUAGCUGGAAUGGGGGGUAUUCAGCUGUGGACUUGGGACUGGCUGUCCAUGGAACCGUGUUAAUCCUGACGGCAACGAGGACAUCUUACAAUCCUUUGAGAUGUGCGAGUAGCCCAGUAGACUUCAUGUGUUUGAGGACAUAACUCUGUCAGACUGACGCACACCAGCGGGCUGCCCCUGUGUGCUCAGUUGACUACUUUUAUUUGUGAAUGCUGGAAAUAUACUGGAAGAUUUUUAUCGUAGCAAACAAAACAAAAAAGAGCCCUUUGUAGCCAAAUGAAUGUGCUUCAGGCAGAAGGCGUCUGUGGAUCUUGUUUCAGAAUUUGCCUCCUGUGCCUUUAUUACAUUCCAGUGGGAAUUUAGAUCUUUUUGUCUUAAUUUAUUUUGCCCCUUAUGUAGUUCUGAUCCUUAUUUGCUGGAUUUGCUUUCUUUGUUCUAAAUAUUUGUAAAAUAGUGUUUAUAUAUAAUGUACAUAUGUAGAUCAUGCAUUGCAGCACAUGAACAUGCCUGUAGGAGGUGCUGUUUGUGUCAGAAACACAGAUGCAGGUGCAUCCAUCAUAGAAAACAAAUGUGAAGAACCUAUCCCAUUUUUUGUUUUUUUGUUGUUUUUUUUAUUUUGGCCCAAAUGUGGUGUUCAUUUUAAGGUACUGACUGAUGCCUGCAAUUGUUUUGAUGCUGUGGAACCAAAAAGAGGUCCGCCUGGAAAGGAAAUACUGAAUAAAAGAGAAAAAUGUGGCACUUGA